GCUAAAUUAGUACUUUUUAUAUAUAUAUAUAUAUACAUUUUUCAAAUUUUAGGGGGCACCAAGCUAAAGCUUGGCUCCGUCCCUGAACGCCUCUCUCUCUCUCUCUCCACAAUUCACCCAACUCUACGAUCUUCAUUAUAUAUAACAGAUAGCCACAACACCAUGUCAAACCACCUCCUAUCCGUCUCUACCUUCGGCCUUUUCCUCCUACUCCUCGGAGGCUCCGCCUAUGGUCUCUUCAUAACCCACCGUCCAUUCUCGCCUGAUCUUAUUUCCGAUGGAAUCCACGACAGUGAUUCCAGUUGGGGGUCCUACCCUGUUCUCAACCGACUCUCCGCCGAGUCUUCAACUUCAACUUGCGACCAGACCUACGGGUUCUUGCCUUGCACCACCUCGGUAAUGGGAAACCUCUUCCUCAUGGUGGUGUACGGGUACCUCAUGUACUUCGCUGCCAUGUCAUUGACAGAAGGAAGCGAGCACUUGAUGGAAAUUCUAGGCCCUGGUAUUGUGGGCGGUCUCGUCCUUCCUAUUCUCGGUGCUCUUCCUGAUGCCAUGCUCGUUAUCGUAUCUGGUAUUUUUGGAACUACCGAAACUGCCCAAAGUCAAAUCUCUAUUGGAAUGGGAAUGGUAGCUGGGUCAACUGUUUUACUUCUUACAAUAAUAUGGGGAUCGUGUGUUAUUGCUGGGAAGUGCGACCUCGUGGAUUCAAUUGCGCAAGAUGCACAGGAUACAAAAGGGUUUAAUUUAACUGAAUCUGGCAUUAGUACUGAUAUCUGGACUAGCUAUACUGCAAUGAUGAUGUUCAUAUCUGUCAUCCCACUUUUAAUUGUUCAAAUACCACAAAUUCUCGAUUCAAUUCUAUGGAGGCACAUAGCAGUCUUGAUUGGGCUUAUUGCCUCUCUUCUUCUAUUGGUUUCUUAUAGCACUUACAAGGUCCUUCAGCCUUGGAUCCAAGAUAGAAAAAUUUCGUAUGUGAAGCACAAGCAUGUUAUUUUAGCAUUUCUAAGGCAUCUAAAAAAACGUGCACUGGGAAGGCUGCUCAACGAGAAUGGCGAUCCUGAUAAAGGGAACAUUGCAAAGCUGUUUUCUUCAAUUGACGCAAAUCAUGAUGGACACAUUUCAGAUAGUGAAUUGAGAGCAUGGAUUGUUGGAAUUAAUUUUGACGAAAUCGACCUGGAUCAGAAUGAUGCUGUAAACAAAAUAAUGAAAGAUUUUGAUACAUCGGGUAAUUCUAGUAUUGAGAAGGAAGAGUUUGUCGAUGGCAUUUCAAGAUGGCUAAAUAAGACCAAGAAGACUGCUGCCCGUGAUCCCGGUCCUGAAACAAAGCUUUUUAAUGACUUUCACAUGGACACAAUGAGAGAGCAUGAUCUGUUGGAUGUGUGUGAGAGUGGGAGUAAUAAAGUUGAGGGUGUUGAGAAAUCCAAACGGCCCUCCAUCAAGGCAGUGCUAUUGUUGUUGCUGGGAACUAUAAUUGCUGCUGCUUUUGCUGAUCCCCUGGUAGAUACUAUUGAUAACUUCGCUGAUGCCACUAGUAUUCCUGCUUUUUUCAUCUCUUUCAUUGUGUUGCCUUUGGCUACUAGCUCUAGGGACACUGUGUCAGCAAUUAGAUUAGCUAGCCAGGACAAGCGACAUACAGCCUCAUUAUCAUUUUCUGAGAUAUAUGCGACGGUAACGAUCCAUAAUGUCCUCUCUAUCCCGGUCUUCUUGGCCCUGGUUUACAUCAGGGGAUUGACAUGGGAUUUCUCAUCUGAAGUGCUGGUUAUUCUUAUUGUUAGCAUUGUGAUGGGUUCCUUGGGCAGCUUCCGCACCCAUUUCCCUCUGUGGACAUCUAUACUAGCUAUCCUACUUUACCCAUUCUCCCUGGCCCUGAUUUAUGUUCUUCAUUUCUAUUAUGGCUUGUCAUAGACUCACAGAGAUCCCAAAAUUGUGAUUGGUGGGUACUUGGGCCGGCUCAACAACUUUUGGACCUUAGACGAAAAUUUUAAAAGGAGCCUUUUUGUCCGAUGUUUGAAUAUUAUUAGGACUAUUUUCAUUAUUCUCUUUUUGUUGUAUAAUUUCAUUAUCUUCCAACUAUUUUUGAUAAGUUUCUUGUUUAUUUG